AGUGCUGAAUUACACCCCCUCCCCUUUCUCUCUCACAAACACAGCCUCACCAACCCUAGAUUCUCCUAAACCCUAUCAGAGCCACCGUCACCAUCUCCCCUUUCUUUCAUUCUGCUCUUCUCCUCGCGUCGCCAGAAGCUAAGGUCGGUUCGGGGUUGUUGUUGGCGUCGCCGUUUCCCUGUUCGAGCUCUCUCUGUCACGGCUUUUCUGCUCCUUCACCGUUGGUCGUCACCGCUUCUCCGUUCCUCGCCGUGAGUCGUCGCUGCUUUUCCCCUCCUUGUCGUGCGUCGUUUCUGCUUCUCCCAUCCUCGCCAUUUUUGGCUGUGGCCCCUUCUCUGCUCCCCGCCAAUCUUGUCGUCGCUGCUUCUCUGCUCCGCACCGUGUCUCACCGUCGUUGCCUCUCUGUUUCACGUUACUGAAGUUCCCAAUUUGAAUUUCUCUGUCUCUCUGCUCUCUGGCUUUAUGCUAUCUUUUCCUCCCCUUUGCUGCCAAUCCAGAUAACUUUGUAUGACAGUAUAAAUCAUCCCGCUGUUGCAGGGAUAGGAGCCUUGAUGUUAUCACACUUCCCAUGCUUCUAUUUCAUUGAAGGUGGAGAAAAUAUAAGAUCAUUAUUCGGUGAUGAUGUUUUAGCUUCUUCCAUAUACAAAAACCCAUCACAAUGAUCAGGGCAAUAACACGUUCACAUUCUCUUAUUACACCCCUCCACCGUAGCGCUCCCCAGACCUGUCAAACCCAAUUCCGAAGCCUCACAUUGGAGACCAAAGAUGGGGAUCAUGCUGGCAACAUCAACUCAAAUGCCAAAGAUCGUAACUUUGUUGAUUUCGUCAUCGAAAUUUGCAGAGUCACUCGGACAACACCGCGUUGGGAGACUACCCUUCUUUCCCAAUACCCAUCUUUCAAUUUCAAAGACCCUUCUUUCUUCCUACAUUACCUGACCCACCAGCACAAUGCGUUCCUCUCCCUUCGAUUCUUUCACUGGCUUUGCUCUAGUUGUGGCUUCUCACCGGACCAAUCUUCAUGCAGCGCCCUCUUUGAUGAACUUGUGAAUGCUGGAGCAUCUAAAGCUGCAAAGGCGUUGCUUGAUUGGCCCGAUUUUAACCCUGGGCCUCAUUCAUUGGAGGGUUACAUAAGGAGCCUUAGCAGUGGUGGAAUGGUUGAAGAUGCACUCCAUGUGUUUGAUGAAUUGCAAAAGGUUGGAUUUUGUCCGUCAGCGGAAACUUGGAAGAAAUCUCUAUUGGGUUGUUUGAAGGUUGGGAGGACCGAUCUGGUUUGGACAUUGUAUGGGCGUAUGUUGGAAUCUGGUGUUGCGGCUAACAUUGAUGUUGAGACUGUUGGAUAUCUGGUAAAGGCGCUAUGUGUUGAAGGCAAGGUUUCGAAGGGAUAUGAACUUCUUAGGCAGGUUCUAGGGAAUGGCUUGAGUCCUGACAAUACUGUUUUUAACACACUUAUUAGAGGGUUCUGUAAAAAUGGAGAGUAUGAUAGGGUAUCUGAGAUCCUUCAUAUCAUGAUUGCCAAGAAGGGUAAUCCAGAUAUCUUUACUUACCAAGAAGUCAUCAAUGGACUCUUGAAAGAGAACAAUUCUGAGGGAUUGCGGGUUUUCAAUGAUAUCAAGGAUAGAGCGUAUUUCCCUGAUAGAGUCAUGUACACAACAGUGAUCGAAGGCCUCUGCAAGAAGGGACAGCUUGGUGUCGCAAGGAAGUUGUGGUUUGAGAUGAUUCAAAAAGGGCUACUUCCUAAUGAGUAUACCUAUAAUGUAAUGUUACAUGGGUAUUGUAAGGCUGGUGAACUUGUUGAGGCAAAGAAGCUCUUUAAUGAUAUGCGUUCUAGAGGUUAUGUAGGAAACACAUUCAACUACACCACAAUGAUUUCGGGUUUGUGUUCACAUGGUGAGGCACAUAAAGCAUGGGUCUUGUUUCAAAAAAUGCCUCAAAGGGGUGUGGUUCGUGAUUUGAUCACUUACAAUUCUUUGAUUAAUGGACUUUGCAAUGAGGGGGAUCUUGUUAAGGCAACAAAACUUUUUAAUGAACUUCAGACACAGGGUUUACAGCCAUCGGCUUUCACUUUUACUCCUCUUAUAAAAGGACUUUGUAGAUUUGGAGAAACGCAGGAGGCAAUCAGGUUAUGGAAUGAUAUGCGCGAUCGGCAUUUAAUACCACCCUCUAUUACACACGACCAUAUUAUUAAGGGGUUAUGUAAAGAAGGCAAUUCUGCAGAGGGAAUGAAAUGGCUGCGAAGAAUGGUGAGAUGGGAGCUAAAACCAGUGCGGAAGACUUUGGAGAUCCUGAUUUGCACUCUAUCACAAGAGAAAAGGUUAGAUGAUGUUUUGAUUGUCUUAGAUUCAAUGUUUAGAUUGGGAUAUACACUUGAACAUAGCACAAUUCAUUUUUUAGUGACGAUAUUUAACUGGAAAAAUGAUUGCUUUACUAGUUUAUGUUUGGAGAAGAUAUUAGGAAAUAAAAGAUAAGUUGAUGUUGUGUAUAUCUGACUUUGUAACAUCUUUUUCCAAUAGAAUGAAGAAAUUGAGUAUCUCUUGUAAGCUUUUGAGACCAAAAACCUUGUUGACGCUUUCCAUUGUUUCAAUGUGUUCUUCUUGUCCAGUGAAAUAAAUACCUCUAAAUGAAGCAAACGAAAUUAUUACUAUCGA